AUGGCUUACGUAAGAUAUAAAUCCACGUGUUGGCUCUAUGGUGAAGUGAUGGCGUUUUAUUUCUCCCUGGUAAUGUGUAUGAAUAGUGUACCUCCAGUGAUCCUUGUCAGAACGGACGUUACUCGACGCCAAUGGAGUGACACCUUCGUACAGGCUACGGUGAAAUUGCAAGGGUGGGCGCCCACCGCGCCGGUCUCUUUGAUGCGUUGGAUAUCGAAUUCGUCAGAAAGUUUGCUCAUUCCAAGUAUAUUAGUAGAAGGGAGUGGUUUUCUACAUCCGAAGAAUCCACAAUUCGAGGAUAUUUUCAUCGGUGACUUUAAUCUUUUAUUGCAAUACACAGACAUGAUGGUGUUCGACUAUAUUACAGCCAAUAACGAUAGAUUAGUCUAUCAUUUGUUCUAUUACGUACUGCAUAACGAUACCAAUAUGCUGACCAUGACCACACAUAACCUGCAGAUAAAAGACCGUAGACUGUGGUUGGUCGACAACGAGGGCAGCUUUCCGAUAGGUUACGACUUUUUGGAUACAAAAUUAUACAACCUAAGUAUGUUUUUCACCAAUAUGCUUCAGUCUUCCUGCGUCUUUCGAAAGGAAACAGCUGCUAGAGUUGCAAUGCUUCAUCGUCAUGGCAACACAGCAAAGUUACUGUUGGAGAUGAUAAACUCCCACAAUGCAAUACCAGAUAUAGGUUACACUCGUGUCGUUUGUGAAGAACAGUCCGGAAUCAUGUACGAUGUAGAAUGGGCGGAAACACUGCAGAAAAGAGUCGAAGACGUAUUCAAAUGGAUUGAACUGUGUAAAACUAAAUCAUACCAAGAAUUAAUGGAAUUGAGGAAUGCGUCUUUGUUUAUAGACAGUGAAACAAUUGAGAUAUGGAAGAAUACCAUGAAACGAAACAAGAUGAAGUAUACAGCUGAAGAAAAAUAA